AUGGCAGAGUUGAAGGAGCCGGCGUCGCAACACAAUCUCUGGUACGGCAGUCCGGUGCAGAUGUCGACAAGCCGCCCCAGUCACGCGGCGGACGCAGGGCUCUCGAGUACGGGCUCGAACUCGCCGCAGUCAGGGCGGCCGAGGCAGGGUGGUUGGGGCAGCGUGGACCACCACUCGCAGUACUCCUCAUACAGCCGCUACUCCCAGGACGACUCGGCCGCUGACCCCUACGAGCGUCAUGCACAACAGCACUCCCUGACGAGCCACCAGAGUUUCCCCAGCCUCAAGAGGCCGUACUCGGCCACCGAGCAGCCCCCGUACCAGGAGAUCGUGCAGGACCUGCGCGACGACGGCACCAAGCUCGGCGUCGGCCACGACCACAAGCUCCUGUCGUUCCGGAAGGUGCCCGACAAGCUCACCAUCCUCGACGGCCACGGGCGCAUCCAGCAGCUCGAGCUGACGGCCCAGCUGCACGGCAUGUUCUUCCUGUCCGAGAUGCCCACCACCAACAACGACGGCAGCGUCAGCGGCUCGCUGAUCACGCCGAGGGGCCCAAUGUCUGUCAUCACGGAGACGGGAGAAACCGUGCCUGUCAGCGCUACCGAGGUGACCAUCUCAGCCAUUGAGUCCGUCGACGGUCAUCCCGUGCGCCUGAUUGUGAUUCCCUGGAAGACGCCUCCACCCAACUCGCCAGAGGUCAACCAGGCCCCCGACCAGGAGCCAUCGUCCCUACCGCUCAUUCCCUUCCAAGACGACGGGAGCGAGUCUGAGGGAGAUGCGACGGCAAACAAUGGAAGGAGAAAAGAGCUCCAGCAGCACUUUGUGGUGCACCUGAAGGUGAUGGCAACCCUGGCGAACGGCGCCAAGGCCGUGCUCUCAGAGGCACAGACGGCACCAAUCGUCGUGCGAGGACGCAGCCCUCGAAAUUUCCAGGCGAGAAAGGAGAUCCCGCUCCUGGGCUCCAGCGCUGGGUCGAGAGGCCAGGCGCUGGUGGAGACGGGACUGGGGAUCGUGGCAGGACCUCUGUCGGUCAAGACUCAGGACUCCAAAGGAAGGCCUAUGAAUAUAGAGCUACCGCGGACUGCCUUCACCUUUACUGCACCCACUAAGAUGCCAGCAAGCCCGAUGGCAAGUAUGCGAUCAAAUUCAUAUCCAACAUCAUGGAAUCCAAACAUGGCGCCCGCCUCGGGCCCAUCGACUUAUCCAGCGACGACCAUCGCAUCCGACCCAUACCAGAAGCUGCCACUGUCGGGCACACCAGGAUACGCCACCGAAGCCCAAGAACUGCCGUCUCACCUCCCCACCUCGAUGCCGUCCAUGCAGCUGUCCAUGGUCUCCAGCGACCAGCCAGGACAGCACGCCACAGCAGGCGCGUCGUCACAAGCACCCCCAAUACGAACGCAGUAUGCCUCGUACGUCCAGACGUCCACAGCGCCGGCACCCCUCUCCGCCACCGCCACAGCAACCAGCGGCCUCAGCGUGCCACGGUACGUAGACGACGCCAACCCACGGCCGUCCAAGAGCCCGCGCCACCCGAGCCACCCAUCGAUCCACGCCGCGUCGAUAUCGAGCACCGAGUCGUCUAACGAGUACCGAUACGGCCCUCCCGCCUACGGCAGCAUAAGUAGCACCUCGGCCGAGAUCAGCCCCGGCACCUCGCAGCACCACUCCUACUCGACCUCGGCCGCCGCGCCCGACAGCGGCGCCGCGCCGUCGUCCAACACGGCCGCCCAGCCCCCGCGGGACUACUAUCCCCCUUCCGCCUCGUGGACCACAACAGCGGGCGAGUCGAGCGCGCCAACCUAUGCCAAUGGAGAGCACAGGCCUUCGUACUCUUACUCGACGGAGCAGUACAAGACCUCGGCAGGCGUCAAGAACGACCCGCAUGCUCCUGCGGCGCCUGUGUAUCCCGGCCAGGCGGUGGGCCACUACUCGUGGAACACAUCGUAA